UGGGUAGAUUAUUGGAAGGGCAUUUGAGUACUUUUAAAGUCCAAGAAGGGCAAUUUGGUAUAAGUCGUUCACCGUGACCCAACUCCUCUGACAACAAAAACAAGUACACAGAAACAUCAGCCUCUCUGAGUCACUGUGGAGUAGGAGAGAGACCAAACAAGCAAGACAACGCCGUUGCCAUUGACGAGAGAAACUUGCUCCAGAAACACCAAGUACUAGUAUUUUUACACCAGUCACCAGUUCUUCACAAUUUGUGUUGCCGUACGCCGUCGUCGUCGUCGUGUCUGCUGUGAUCCGGCCAGCCCCUACAAAGCGCUAGCUGUACGUGGUCGAACACCCGACAAUUGCAAGCUUUUGUUAAGAAACAAAGUCCAACUGCCCAACGCGCUAGGACGUUUCUGCUGGCUUGGAGGAGGUUUUCAACCUUAAGAUGGAGUACAAAAUCGACCGGAUAUCCGAAUUGCCGGACCCUAUUCUAGACCACAUUCUAUCCUUCAUUCCCAUUAAACAAAUACUUCAACUUAGUAUUUUGUCCAAGAGAUGGCAAAAUGUCUGGACUUUGCUCACCAUUCCAGAAUUUGUGCAAUACCAAUUUACUAAUAAUUUGCGCAAGGUUACACCCGAGGAAAUCCAGGGAAAGAAACAAGGGUUCAAAAGUUUUGUGGAGAGAUAUUUACUAGGCCACUAUAGGCAAAGACUAAGUAUAAACAAGUUUAGGCUUAACAUGAUGUUGGAUGAUGAAUCAGAUUGUGCUCUUCUGAACCGUUGGAUUGACUACCUUGUUGAAUGCAAUGUAAAAGAGUUGAAUCUUCACGUAUGGAUGAAUCGAAAGAUUUAUGAGUUUCCUAAGAAUUGCUUUGAGUUGCCUGAGAGGGUUUUCGUAGCAAAAUCAAUAACUGAGCUGAAAUUGUCCGGCUGUUGUAAGUUAAACUCAUUUUACAAUGAUAUUAACUUACCCUCUUUGAAAAAGUUGGUUUUGGAUUCUUUUGUGGAAAAUCAAGUUGUCCAAGCUCUUAUUGAUGGUUGCCGUAAUUUAGAAGAGAUGAUACUUGAAUGUUGUUAUGGGUUGAAAAGUAUACAGGUCUCAGGUCUUUCUAAACUCAUGGCCAUUGAGUUGCUACAAAAUUCCGAACUUGAGAGUGUUGAGAUCGAAGCAUCAAAUCUCGAAUCUUUAGUUUUCAAGCUCACGAGACCAUGCCAAAUCAACCUAGGCCAGUGCGAAAGUCUAAACAAGUUAUUAUUAUAUUCAUGCAGCAUUACUGACAAAUGGUUGCAUGACGUUCUUUCUAAACAUCCACUCAUUGACUGCUUGUACCUACGAGGUUGCAAUUUGUUGAAAAUGAUUAAGAUUUCAAGUCAUUGCAUGAAGAGUUUGGCCUUUAUUGAUUGCUCUGAGUUGGUUGAAGUUGACAUUGUUACUCCUAACUUACAUAGGCUCGAGUAUGAUGGUGAUUUUAUAUCAUUUUCGUUGAAUACUUCAAGUAUAUCAGAAGUUAGUCUUGCGUUUAGCGACUAUGAUUUUUCGGAUGUUGAGAAGAUUGAAUUCCUUGCAAAUUUAAGUCAUCCGAAAUUAUUAAAUUGGCAAACUUUCACUGCUGAGAAUGUGAUUAAUAUUGCCAAAGAAUCAAGAGAAAACCUACCGUCCCCAUUAUAUAGUGUUAAGCAAUUGAAGCUGAAAGCAUAUUCUCUCUCUACAAGACAAAUCCAAGAACUUGUGGAUACCCUAUUGUGGAUUUGUCCUCUUCUAGAAAUUCUUUUUAUAGAAUGGCAGUAUGAGGAGGCAAUUGACAAUAUAUCAUUCACAUUUACAGAAAAAAAGGAAGACAAUAUAUCAUUCAAGUUCUCAUACGAAAAUCCUAUUGACAAUUUGGAAGAUCCAAGUUGUUGCAAACUUAUUCCAAUUCUUUGUUGGCGUCAUUGCCUAAAGACUAUCAAGAUUGAAAAUUCAAGAGGAUCUAUAGAAGAAGAUACUCUAAAGAAGUAUUUUUUCGAUAAUGCAGAAAUAUUAGAGAGCUUCCAUUAUUUGAAAGGAUCUGUAUCGCUUAAAGUUUAAUGAGAUCAAGAACCGUAGAAAAUGUUCAACUUGUGUGUAACUUUAGUGAAUUUUUUUUUUGAAUGAUGCAACUAUAUUGAUAGAUUAUCGCUAAAGUUUU